CUUCUUGGGAAUUAAAAGAUGAACGCGCCGUAAUCUGAGCAUGUUCUGGCACCAUUGUCCUUCUUUUCCACUUGUUGUGAUACGUAGUCGACGAUGAAAUACCUUCUUUUCGCGGUAGUGGCAGCGGCAACAGCAACAGCGCAAGAUGCGCUCGAAUCGCGGGUGCCUCGUCCAGAUGCACAAGGGCGAUACACGCUUGAGGCUGAAGGGAUCAAGGCGCAAUUCAUCCCAUAUGCUGCCACCCUCACCAAUCUCUGGGUCAAAGAUUCAAAGGGCAAACCACAGGACAUUGUGCUAGGCUACGACAACACGACGUAUUACCCGGUUGACCCUGGACAUCCCGUGUACAAUGCCAUUCCUGGACGAUACGUCAACCGCAUUGGAAACGCAACAUACAAGAUUGGCAACGUCACGUACCAUACAGAGAAGAACGAUGGACCGAACACUCUGCAUAGCGGUACCAACAACUGGUCUUACAGGGUGUGGAACGUGACCCGUGUAAGCAAGUCGUCAAUCACAUUCGCCAUCUCAGACGCCUCCAACUCGUCACUGGGCAUGAUUGGGCGUGUGGAUGCCAGCGUCACAUACUCGGUGUCAAAGAACAAGUGGCACAUUUCCAUGGAUGCUACCUCGCCGGAAGCGAAGACUCCUCUCAUGCUGACACAGCACACGUACUUUCAGCUUGAUGCGUUCAGGCGACCGGACAACCGGACCAUUUGGGACCACACAGUGUACAUGCCCGAGGCUAAGCGCGUGGUAGUGACUGAUGCGAAUGCUCUGCCGACGGGGGAGAUUGCGCAGGUUGCGGCGAACUCGACUGAUGAUUUCUGGUCAGCGCCGCACAAGCUCGGGUUUGCGUCGGACAGGGCGGGCUUCGAGAACCACUGCGGUAAUGGGUGCCACGGAUACAACGGCGCGUGGGCAUUCAACGAAAAGAGGGACAAGCGCAAGAGCGUGCUGACAAUAGCGAGCGCGUACAGCGGCAUCAAGGCGGACCUGAGGACUGACCAGGACGCGGUUGUGCUGUACACAUGCAACUGGAACGACGGCAAGACCGAGUUCAAGAGCACGCAGGGGGUUGCCGGACAGGACAAGUUCAUCCCGCGCGACGGCUGCAUUGCGAUUGAGGCGCAGGACUACCCGGAUGGCAUCAACCACCCGGAGUGGGGUCGGCUGAACAAGCAGAUCGUCGGGCCCGGCGACAAGUACCACUGGGAGUCGUCGUGGGAGUUUGGGACGCUCUGAGGGAGCAGAAGGCGAGGCAUGGCGAGGGCCUGCGGCGGGCGU